AUGAUACUUAUUGGAGUCGGGAUAACGGGAUUCGUUAUAGCAUUUACUGAUUUAUCGGUAAAGCCGGUAACCACUCCUAUGAAUGUAUGCAACGGAGACGAGCAGUGGUGGACUCGUAUGUAUGAUCUCCUCUGUUAUGAUGUGAUCGGAAAUCGGGUCCAAAUUUCUGACCAAAAAUUGGCCGCAAUUCACAAGAAAUGUGUUGACGACAGACAUAGCCUCAGUUAUGGCUUACAUAAAAGAGACGACGACAGCUAUCCGGACGAUCACCACAACGACCCGAUCCUCAGCUGCACUAACGCUAAGAUUGAGUCACAGAGAGAUCUAUUGAACGCUUUUUGUGAUGCAAAAAUAUUUUCCUGUAUUAAACAAAAGCCAUUAUUUGAUUCAGUAUUGGAUUCCGGCAGCGAUUCAACGGCUUUGAAACAACAACUUGUCAAUUAA